UUGGAAAACCUCGCAUGCUGUUUAGACCAGACUUGACCGGGUUCUUUUUGUCUCUCUGCCCUUUAUAGAAUGAAAACUAAAGUGAAUAAGGUUCUGGUGUUUGGCUUUUCAAUGAUGCUCACUUUAGCAGCAGUUGCAGGACUCAGAUGCCAUUCCUGUCAAAGGGUUAAUGGAGCUAACCUUUGUGCCGUUCCGCAGAGACAAUGCCAAACAGAUGGAUUCUGUUACACUCGAAGAUUGUUCAGAGGAGGAGCCAUUAGGAGAGUUUACCGAGGUUGCAGCAAAAUCUGCAGACAGCUCGUAAAUAUCAAAAAGAGCACGAGAGUCAGUAACUUUUGCUGUGAAGAGGAUUUCUGUAAUGUUCAUAAUGUUUGGGUUUAAAAAUGGCUAAGCACAUCCUGAGUUGGGGUGGAGCUGCUCCUACCAGCUUUCAACAGCAAAAGACCCAUCCAUAUACUGGAGCACAUUUCCAAGGCAUUGCUGUGCUGAUUUUUCGUUUUAAGAAAUGAGAAUAUUG